UUUUUUUUUUUUUUCUGGUAUCAUUCAAGCUCUUCUCUUUCACUUCACUAUGUCUUACUUCUUUUCUAUUUUUUUGAGCUGUAUAUUAGAGACAUAUACCAUUUUUACCAGUUGAUCAAUGAUAGAGUUGAUACAUAAAGUUGAAGACGUAGCACUUUCUUUUGAUCUUGCACCCGACUUUCGCGGCAUACUGAAAGGGUUUGCUAAUGAUGUUUCCGAAGGAUGCACAUUAAAUGGUACUUUAGUCAUGACUAUACGUCAGCGUACAAGGGUAAAGCGGCUGGAAACAGUCUUCGCUGGACUUUGCCAGGUUCACUUUAAAACAACCAAUGGAAUCGGCGUACCAACUACAGACAGGACGGAAAGAAGAGGAAUUUUCUUGAAAAGAAUUACACAUUUUGAUGAAUAUUCGAUUCAAAAUGACGAAGGAAGCAGCAUUAGAACUACCUUAUUCGAGCCAGGCGUUUACAAGUUCCCAUUCUCAUUUGCUAUCCCUGCAACUCUGCCACACUCAUUCAAGGGCAACCAUGGUAGUAUUGAAUACCAGCUGAUAGCGACAGCUGGUAGAAGUGCCUUUGUCUCAGAUCUUCAUCUAUCGAUACCUAUUGUGCUACGCAGAUGUUUAAUGAAUGAUUUAAGUCCUAUUGCUAGAACCAUGCAAACUGUCACUGGCACCAAGAAUGCACAUAUUGCCUCCUAUUCAGCAACGGCCCCUUCCAUGGUGUAUUCUGAGGGCGGUCUGCUUGAACUAGACUUUCAUGUCACGUUGAAGGACCCAGCACGAUUCUCUGUUCGUAUGAUUACAUGCGGAUUGAAAGAAAUAGUCUCCUAUAGGACUACUGGCAAAAGCUCUCUCACAAAUCAGCGCUACCGCUAUGAUGAAACAAGCUAUCCCUUGGGUUGCAGUACGUUUUUCCCCUCCGAGCAUCCAGAUUAUAAUCCAUAUCAGCCACACAACUACAAUGCUAUCUUUCGAUUAUACCCUAAAAUACAUACUGAUAACAGAUCAAAACUGAUUGCAGUUAAGCAUAUGCUGACUAUACGAAUGAUAGUCGGCGAUAAUAGAGCAGUAAAAGGAAGGCGGAGGAUGUCAGAAAGUGAUGGGAUGUUCACGAGAGCAACGAACUAUGAGAAAGGCAAAGGUCGCAGGCAUUCAUUACCAAUGGUUAACGCCAGUAAUCACAGAAAAAAUUCAUUUUCGCCUCAUUUGAAUCAUCCACUCUCUUUCCUGACGCAUCUUUCAUCAAAGAUAAAACAUCAGCAGCAUGAUCGUAAUGCUCACGAUAGUACGCAGCUUGCGCUACAUUCUACAUCUUUCCCAAAUAAUGCAAAUGAUGACGAGACCAUUGCCUCUUUGGAAACAUACCACCCUAACACCAGCAGUUCAUCUCGAGUAGUACCCUUAACAUUGAAUGUGGCCCCUACAGUAUCUGGAGCAAUUUCUACUAGAAACCGAGCUCGUAGAUCUGAUAUGCAUACAUUGAACGCUUUGAACAUGAACAGAAACAACACAGCAACAGAAGCUGCUACGAUGACUCAGACACAGUCCGUAGAUGACAUGGUUAGAAUAUCCGAUUAUAAGUUUCGCCCACGUUCUCAACGUUGUAACGAACGCCAGCAGCUAAGUACAACAGAAGAGCAACUGCCAUCAUGGGCUACGGAUGAACACUCAAUGGCAUCUUCAUCUUCUUCAUCCUCUUCGUCAUCGUCGUUGGAAGAAGAAAUAGCAAAUAGGGGUCAAAAUUUGUCGAUAAACAAUCAUUACAACUUUUUUCACCAUCAUCGAAACAGUCAAUUCCUAAAAGAGGAAGGAUCAUAUGAAUGUGAAUUGAAACUACCUGUGAUAGUCACAUCCAGAGAAGAAUACCGUGAGGGUGAUGUACCUGCGCUGCCAGACUACCAAUCCAUUGGAGAUGAGCCACCAAGUUAUCAAUCAGCGAUUCACACUCUUCCACCCGUUCCAGUCUAUCCAACAGAUCAAAAUGCUUAAAAUUUCAACUACCAACUCACUGUUCGCACAUCAAUGAAACAUGGAACAUUAUAGUUGUGUAAACCAUUUUUUAUUUUUGGAUUUUCUUGGAACAGCGUCUGAAUGAAUAUUGUUAGUAAUAGGGUGAAUAGUAUUGCCAGUUUUACAUCAUUUCCUCGUUUAGCGCCUUACGACAUGUGUAUUAUAAAGAUACAAGGAGCAUUUUGGUUAUGAAUUAUCUGGGAGAAAAUGGCUUGAUGGGGCAAGUGAAUGUAACUGUUACUUGAACUCUAUGGCUACAAGCACGCUCGCCUGCCUCAGUCAACAAAAUAUGCAGAGAGUUGGUUACGUUAAAGAUGAAAUCAUUCUGAAUCGUGCAACACUCCUUUAAUUUUGGAAUAAGCUGUAUUACAAAGAUUUCUAUUGAACAAAUAAAAAAGGUUG